AUGGGCAAUAAAGGCGGUGGUAGUGCGAGGUUACGAGGAAAACAUACCUAUGGGGCGGACACAACAGACGAUGAUUCGGAGGACUCGGCGAGCGACGAGGAAGACAAUGUCCAUCUCGAGUCUGCCCUGGCACGGAUUCGCCGGGCUCAAGCAAAGGGCAAGGCCGACGUCAAGCUGACAAAGGACGAACUGGCAGCUCUCGAACGGUAUCAACGACGUCAGAACGGCGAAGAGCGUAGGAAAAAGGAAAAGCGGAUCGCGGUACCGCUAGGUGCUUUUGGCCAAAUAGAGGUGCCUCGGCGCAAUUCUCGUGGGGAGCCUUCGCGAACCCCGCGGGAACAGUCACCGGUUCCUCCAUCACGUCUUCCCAGCGGGUCGUCAACUACCGCUGAAAGGGAACAGAGUUCUUCGCCUUUUCAUUAUUCAUAUGUCAAAGACCAACCCGGUCCCAUUCGGCGUUCUCGCGAUUCUCCUCCCUACGGCGAUAUCUCUCCUGGAGCAUCAGGCAGUUCUCCCCACCACGAUAUCUCGCGGCAAGCUUCUACCGGGAGCGGAGUCGAUCCCUUCCAGUACUUGCAUCCCGGCGGUACCACUCGUCCCACGUACACAGGCGACCACAGGAGUCGGACAACAUCAGACAGACACCGGACUACCAGCGAUCUGAGCCCGGGCGACUAUUCGGCGGGAGAGGAAGACAGGCACCGGCAUUCAUCACGGAUCAGCAGUUCCGCCGGGAGGAGCACCAACCACUAUGACCGAUCGGAGCGUGCGCGAGUUGCAGAUGAGCAAUCCCUACACGAUAUUUCCUCUUCAUCGAGGAGGACGUCUGGUGACCCACCUUCAAUUGUCAAGCGGAAGGAGAUGUUGACUGGUAGUUCUUCCAAGUCAUCAAGCUCUUCCAAGCGCAGAAGUCGUGGCUAA